AUGGACUCGAGCUUUCAACUGCGCGAAUGUGAUACGAAAGUGCACACCAACCAUUUACGGCAUAAACCGCCUUGCGAUCGAGCUCCCCACCAAUUUUGCUGCCUUCGGAAGUUCGCCGUUCACAAUCGCAAGCUCGAGAGCCGGCUGAUCCGACUCAUUCAACGCUUGAAAACGGGCCCCUCGUGCCUGCAGGAACUGGGCCAGUUCUGCGUUGCGAGACUUGAUUGCAUUCGCCAAUGCCAGAUCCCCUCCGCCCCGGCGAAUAUCCGCUCCAAGGUCCAGAAGAAAAGCUGCCAUGGCCACCAUUUCGGCCAUGGCCUCAGCGUCUACCUGUGUUUUCCUUGCUGGCGACCGUCGACCCCGCCUCGACAGAGCAGCAUAGUGAAAUGUGCCAUCAUCGACUUUCCACCAGAAGCCAUGCAUACGUACAGCCGCUUCUGCUCACGGCCCUUCUUGCCGGUCGUUGAGAAGGUUGAGAUCCCCACCGGCCUCUUCGACAAGAAGCUUGACCAUGGCAAAAUUUCUCAAGCCUACAGCAUUAGCCAGGGGAGUAACCCGCGCCUUGCGGCCGAGAAAAUUUGGGUCCGCCCCGGCCGCUAA